AUGCAGCAAAAUGCAACGUCAUCGAAGUUGGACAUCUACGUAGAGGACAUCUAUAAGGGGAAACAUGGAAGCGAUUCAGGCUCAUAUGACGCAGAAGGAAGGUUUGUUCCUGAGAAGUUCGAAGAGAUAUUCGCCAAGCACGCAAAGACUGUCCCCGACGCCCUGACAUCGGACGAGAUCGACCAGCUGCUCGAAGCAAACAGAGAGCCCGGGGACUACAGCGGAUGGGCUGGCGCAGAAGCGGAGUGGAAGAUCCUGUACAGUCUCGGCAAGGACAAAGACGGUCUCCUCCGCAAGGACGUCGCAAGAAGCGUCUACGACGGGACGCUGUUCCACAGGCUCGCGCCCAACUGGAAAUCUCCCGACAAGGAGAGACUAAGCGUGAUCAGGGAGAACUGA